CCUGCCUCUUUUUUCAGUCAAUAGUCUAUCACUGAACUGUGACAUUGUUCAUUCGUGUUUCAGUCCUUUCAAGUUUAAAAGAUAUAGAGAUCUUCCACUUUUAAGGUAGAACGAGUAAUAAGUGAAAGCGAACGAAUCAAUUGGAGUAAUUAGUGAUUUGCUGUUCUACGUCCCAACAUGUCUGUACACGGUAGUCGACAGAGAACGCCGGAAGAAAGCACUUCCGUGGCCGCAUUCUACGCUGGACGAAGUAUAUUCAUAACCGGUGGGACCGGUUUCAUGGGGAAGGUUUUGGUUGAAAAAAUCCUUCGAUCCUGUCCAGAUGUCAGAGAGAUAUUCCUGUUACUGCGACCGAAACGCGGACUUUCAAUCGAUACCAGGCUGAAGAAGUUGAUCGAAUUACCGCUGUUCGACAAAUUGCGAGCAGAGAACCCAUCCUGUUUCGAAAAGCUGAUUCCGAUUUUGGGCGACGUGACCGCAGAGGGUCUCGGUUUGCCGCCAGUUGAAAGACGGGUACUAAUUGAGCGAGUUUCGAUCAUCUUUCAUGUAGCCGCCAACGUCCGGUUCAACGAGAAUUUAAAGAAAGACAUAUUAUCGAAUACUCGAUCGACCAGGGACAUUUGCAUUCUAGCUGGGAGUAUGAAAAACUUGGUGGCACUGAUGCACGUUAGUACCGCGUUCUGUCAGUCGGACAAGCCUGUGAUAGAAGAGAUCCUGUAUCCUCCGCCGUGCGAUUGGAGGAACACUAUAAAAAUGGUUGAAACCCUCGACGAAAAAACGUUACAAAUUUUCGCCUCCAAAUACGAGGGAUCGCUGCCAAACACAUACACGUUUAGCAAGCGAUUGGCAGAGCAGGUGAUAAACGAUUAUUCGAAGGAUCUGCCCUGCGUUAUCUUCCGGCCAUCGAUAGUAAUAUCGACGGUCGAGGAGCCAAUGACAGGCUGGGUGGACAAUUUCAACGGACCAGUGGGGAUGAUGAUCGGUGGCGGAAAAGGAAUAUUGCGGGUAAUUAGUGCGAAGCCGGAUAUAUGCGCUGAUUUCCUUCCUGUCGACGUAGCUAUUAAAGUUAUGCUGCUCGCCACGUGGAAGCGAGGACUGGAAACGGUAACGAAAAACCCAACCACUUCUGUUUACAACGGUAGCUCGCACAGUAUCAAGCGAAUAAAUAUCAGAGAAUUAAAUGCACUGGGUUUGAGGAUGAGCGAGAAAAUGCCGCUCGACAAUGUCAUCUGGUACCCUAGGACUUCCUUCGCGACCAACGCGGUCUCUCAUUACAUAAUGACGUUGCUCUACCACGUGCUGCCGGCCUUGUUCUUAGACGAAAUAUUGAAACUGUCGGGUCGUAAACCUAUGUUGCUGUCGAUCCAGAAGAAGAUCUAUUCGAGCGUGGUGCAACUGGACCAUUUUGUGAAGAACGAAUGGAUUUUCUGCAACUCGAAGAUGAUAAACAUCUUGCUGGAACAAGUGCCGCCAGCUGAGAAGGAGAUAUUCAGUUACAAUAUGGCUAAGUUGGACAUACCAGACUACUUCACGAACUGUAUAAUCGGCGCGAAGACUUACCUGUUGCACGAGGAUAUGUCACCGAAAGGACUACAGAAAACGAGGCAGCAUUACGACAGAAUGAAAUUGGUGGAUACGAUAGCCAGGGGUUUGCUGUUUCUGAUGCUGUUGUCGGCCAUGGGGUAUCUUAGAGUCCACUCGAUGAUAUUCAACAGCAUCGCUUCGAUCUCCGACGGAUCUUUCUUGGACCUGUGACCGGAGAUCCAGUCAACUAGAUCUGAUGAAGAAAAAUCGAUCUCUUAUUUGUAUAUGACAUCGUCAAUUGGAGGCAGUAAAGAAAUAAACUGUUUUUAAUUAUCUUUA